AAAUUGAGCCAGGUCGAGCCGUGUGUUACGACCCUGCCAGGGUUCCUGAAAAAAAAAAAAAAAAAACUCAGUGUUGGUCUGUUUUUGGGGGUGAAAAUGGCGGCAUCAUUCAGAUGGAUACUACAGCUACACAAGGACGUACCAAAAGCAGCAAGAUUCUACUCAGAGGGCUUGGAUUUGACCAUUAAUGUGUGUACUCAUAGAUGGGCUGAGCUCCAAUCUGGCCCCCUCAAACUUGCUCUCAUGCAUUCAUCAAGUGACAUUGUUGUGCAGAAGGGAUACUCAUCCCUUCUGUCCUUUACAGUUGGUGAUAUAAACAACUCAGUGACCAAGCUAUUGGCCUUAGGUGCUGAGUUAGAUGGCCCCAUCAAGUAUGAAGUCCAUGGAAAGGUUGCUGCUUUGAGGUGUGUGGAUGGGCAUAUGUUGGGUCUUUAUGAGCCGUCCUAAGACCUCGAGACAACCACUUGCAGGUUAAUGAAAUUGCGACUUUGUUACCAAGGCGGGUUUUGUUAAAAGAGAGGCUUGAUUCUUGUUCAUGGAUGUGAAGCACAAAAAGAGAGACGAGAUAGUCAAUACAGUACCCAAUUGUUUUACAGCAAGAGACUGCCAUUUCAGUAGUUGAAUUGCUAUUGUAUUUAUUUUGAUGUUCCAUUCUGGUUACGACAACAACAUACCCAGUGUAAUCCCCCAAGUGAGGCUGUUCCAUUCUGGUUACUCUUAUGGAUUUCAAUUUCAUCCUUUUGUAGUACAGAUCCAUAUCCUGAUAUUAAAAAUCCUUCAUUCAAAUGAGUCUAUCAAGUAAUUUGGGUAGGUUCGAUAUCAAGCUUGUGUAAGGGGUUUCCCAUCACCAAUACAUUAUUUUCCUUAAAAGAAAAAGGAGGGAGACUAUUAAGUA